AGCCGCCGGGUUUAGUUUCCUGGAAUUGGAAUUUUCGUGAUUUGAUUAAAAAAUACAAAACAUUUUGAUUUUUGAAACAACGAGGACCACAGUGCCAAUUAUUCCUGUAUAUAAACGGAACGCUAAACCCUACUGUCCCUUCAACUCAAUCCCAUUGCCGUCACAGAGCAACGACCUUGUACUCUUCCAAAGCGUUCAACCAUGUCCUCCGAAGAAUCUCAAACCCUCUCCUCCGAUUCCGCGGUUGAUUCCCCGCAACAAGAGCAGAGCAAGAAAGCGGCCAAGAAGGAAGCCGCCAAGCUAGAGAAGCUACGCCGCCGCCAGGAGGCCUCCGCGCUGGCCUCCGCCGCGCAGUCGAUCUCCGUCGAGGACGACCCGCUCGCCGCCAACUACGGCGACGUUCCGCUCCUGGACCUACAGUCGAAGGUCGAAGUCAGUGACUGGACCGACGUAAGCGCGCUGACCGAGGCGUUGAGGGACCGCUACGUGCUGGUGCACGGUCGCGCGCAGGCGAUCCGCGCUGUCGGGAAGAACAUGGCCUUCCUGGUCGUCAGAGAGAAGGGCUUCACCGUCCAGUGCGUGGUCACGGCUCAACCCGACGUCGUGAGCCGCCAGAUGGUGAAGUACGUCGCUGCGCUGAAUCGCGAGUCGAUCGUGGACAUCGAAGGCAUCGUCUCUGUUCCCACUGUGCCCAUCAAAGGCGCCACUCAGCAGGUUGAAGUUCAAGUGCGAAAAUUAUACUGUGUUAACAAGGCUAUACCAACCUUACCCAUCAACAUUGAAGAUGCGGCUCGAAGUGAAGUUGAUAUUGAAAAAGCUUUGCAGGCUGGAGAACAGCUUGUUCGGGUUAACCAGGAUACUCGUUUGAACAAUAGAGUUCUCGACAUACGAACGCCUGCUAAUCAAGGAAUUUUUCGCAUUCAAUGUCAAGUUGGAACUAUAUUUAGACAAUUCUUAUUAUCCGAAGGUUUUAUUGAAAUACACACUCCAAAAUUAAUAGCUGGUGCAAGUGAAGGUGGUGCUGCCGUCUUUAGACUGGACUACAAAGGGCAGCCUGCAUGCCUGGCUCAAUCACCUCAGCUUCACAAGCAAAUGGCAAUUUGUGGUGAUUUAGGACGUGUUUUCGAGAUUGGUCCUGUUUUCAGAGCAGAAGACUCCUUCACUCAUAGGCAUUUGUGUGAGUUUACAGGUCUUGAUGUUGAAAUGGAGAUUAGGCACUAUUUUGAGGUUAUGAAUAUUGUGGACCGAUUAUUUGUCACAAUGUUUGACAGUUUGAACAGGAAUUGUUCAAAGGAACUAGAAGCAGUGGGGAGGCAAUACCCAUUUGAGCCUUUGAAGUACCUGCGCCAGACCCUAAGGCUUACAUUUGAAGAAGGAAUCCAAAUGCUUAAGGAUGCUGGUGUAGAGGUUGACCCAUUUGGGGACCUUAAUACUGAGACAGAAAGAAAGCUGGGCCAGCUUGUUUUAGAGAAGUAUGGCACUGAGUUCUACAUACUUCACCGUUAUCCUUUGGCUGUUAGGCCAUUCUAUACAAUGCCUUGCUAUGACAAUCCAGCUUACAGUAACUCAUUUGAUGUCUUCAUUCGUGGUGAGGAGAUAAUCUCUGGAGCUCAGCGUGUACAUGAACCAGAAUUCUUGACUGAACGUGCACAGGCAUUAGGAAUUGAUGUCAGUACAAUAUCUACUUAUAUUGAUUCUUUCAGAUAUGGUGCACCUCCACAUGGUGGAUUUGGAGUAGGGUUGGAGCGGGUGGUGAUGCUUUUCUGCGGUUUGAAUAACAUUCGGAAAACGUCCCUUUUCCCUCGUGACCCACUCAGGCUUGCUCCGUGAUAGUAUUUGUUCAAGCAAAUCUUUUGUUUAUAUUGCGUGAUUAAUACUGUGUAGAUACAAGUUCCUGAUUUGUUUAGGAUAUGGCGGGCUGUAUUGAGUUAAAACUAAGAGGGAUUUCGGUUCUUA